GUGCGCAUGAGCGGAAGUUUCAACAACUUCCGUUUCCGACGGGAUCUUAUUUACGGCAUUGUCCUACCGAGAAACCAUGUCGACGACAAACAAAAAAAUAUUAAAUAUCAGAGGAGGACGGUAAUUUUGUCUGGGGUGUUUGAAUGGUUACAGCUCCCUAAACCUUCAGCAUGGGGAAGAGGUACUACUGUGACUACUGUGACCGGUCCUUUCAGGACAACAUGCAUAACAGGAAGAAACACCUUAAUGGAGUUCAGCAUCACAGAGCGAAAAAAGCCUGGUUUGACCAAUUCAGAGAUUCUGCUGCUAUUUUAUAUGACGAGCAGGUAAAAAAACCCUGCCGGAAGUUUCUCCUAAAAGGAGUUUGUGAUUUUGGCGUAAACUGCAGGUUUUCCCACAUGAGUGAAGAGGAGCAGCGGAUGUUGAAAAGACAAUUAGAAGAUGAAAAACAAAACAAAGAAGAUGUAGCUGACAGAAUGAUGGCUGGACGAAGUGUUCAGGAGUGGCUCUCGAAACGGGAGAAGAGGAAAGCCGCUCUCAGUAGCAAAGGAGACCUUAAAACUAAAGAGGACCACGAGGAGGUUGAAGAAGACAAUGAGAUCCCUCAUCAGCUCCUCUCUAUUCCUGACCUCCCUCCCUCCCUUCUGCCUCCUCCUCCAGGAGGAUGGAGAGUCUUUGUGAACACCGAGUGGGGUUAAUACAACCCUUCUGCUGCAAAAUGCGUUUUUUACAUUUAAAUCUGUUAGUCAACUGUUUGCAUCUUGUUCAGAAGUGUGAUGUACAUUACAGAUUUUUCAGAGAAAAAUAAUGAACAGUUCAGGUGAUUUUAAAGUGUGGAGAUGAUCGACAAUUACUUGUGUAAAAGCUCCAGUCUUUGUUUAAAUAGCACACAGUACUCAUGCUUAAGCAUUGUUAGUAAUAUGCUCACAUACAUUUGAACAAUUUCCAUGUGCUGUCAAACACGGCAUCAGUCAGCUGCACAGUCCCUGAGGAAAUGAAUGAUUUACCAACAGAUGGAAUAUAUAUACUCUCAUAUUUUAAGCCAAACACACGAUUCCCAGGCUUUCCUCUGCUUCUUACUUGGAAUAAAAAUCAUCUUCAACGGCAAA